AUAAUAAAUGUAUUUUUCGUACAAAAAAAAAUAGCAUUGGAAUAUCUGUGAAACAUAUUGCUAUACAAAAUGCUAAAUAUUUAAAGCGUUAUAUCUGUCAAAUGUGCUUGGAAGUGUAGGCACAGCAGUAUCAAUCUUUUGCAUUAAAAUCUAACAUAUGGCAACGCUGGCAAGGCAAAUCAAAUUUCGCAUUUUAUUUGUUGGCGGAUUGACGUGAAGAACUUAAAAACUUUGUUUAAUGUGGGUUGUUUUGCGUUGAGUUUUGCUACAAUUAAUUUAUUUGUUAAUACGGUGUGUGUGUAUAAUAAUGGAGUCCUCUGAGGUCUUAAGUCAGGACACAAGAGCAUCUGAAGAGCAAUCUUUAAAAAGGAAAAAAAUAUUGACUGAUUUAAUUACGGAGAGCAAAGAUUGUCAAGAAAAACUUAAACAAAGACCUACAAAGGAGUCGCUUGGCAUAUUGACAUCAAUUCUUGAGAAAUGUAACAGUGUUAGAAAUGAAGGAAAAGAUCAAGAUCGUGUGCAUCACUCUUCAGAAUUAGUACUAGAUGCACAUGUAAUAUCAAUAAGUCAUCAGUUGGUCUCAACCAUUUUCGAAGACGUUUCGCAAUUUAAUGAGCAGACUUUUGCAAAUAGCAUUCUUAACAUUGUCAAUAAUAACAAUUGGAAUGAACUUCUUAAAAUUUCACAACCAAUAUCCAGAUCUGUACAUGUUGCAUCCUCAAUGUUGGGUGCCAUAGAAUCUCAUCCAAAACUGAGUGUUGCAAGGCAACGACAAAGACGGAGCGAUGCUUUGACUGCAGAACAAAAACCUGAAACAUUUGACAAAUUAAACCGUUCCGAAAAAGGAGCAGAAAAAGUAAAUAUAGCACGCAAAAUCAUAGUCAACUAUUUACGAACUCAUGGUGUAGACUCCAUUCCAUUCUAUAAGUUAAUUAUCGAUCCAAGCGAUUUUAUGAAGACUGCUGAUAAUGCUUUUCAGUUAGCAUUUAUGGUGAAAGAGAAAACUGUGUACAUUUCUCAAGGUUCUGACGGUUAUCCAGCAGUAACAUUAACAAAAUCAAAUAAAAAUAUUACCACAAAUGAAUGUGAAUGUGCACUAACUUUCGCUUUGGUUCAGAAAUUCAUCGAGUUUUAUAAUAUUGAGGAUGCUAUUUUAAAGUACGAUGAUCUGUAAAGAAAUUAUAAGCAAUUAAAAUUAAACAUUGGCAUGAAGAUUAAGAUCUUGAUUCCUGGAGGCUAUUCUAAAGUACGAUAUUUAAUAUUUAUUCUUACAAUUAAUGUUAAAUUGAAAAAAUUCUUUUGAAUCUAAUAAUAUGAACAUAUAUUUAAUUAUUAUGUACUUUGAUAUAUGACUAGUAUGGUAAAUCCUUAUCUUAAUUUCGACAUGUACAUACAUUUCAAUAAUGCUGUGAUAUCUC